AUGAUCAGAACAGUAAAGCCUAAGAAUGCCCGUGCUAAAAGGGCUUUGGAUAAAAAAGAAGCAAAAUUGGUUGAGAAUGUAAAGCAAGCUUUAUUCAUUCCUGGUCAAACUUCUACCAAGUUGUUGCAUGAUUCAAUGGUUGAUUUGAGUGCGUUGAAGAAGCCUGAUAUCAAGAGAUUCUCCAAGAAGAACAACAUCAGACCUUUUGAAGAUUAUGAACCAUUAGAGUUUUUAUCUGAAAAGAAUGAUACAUCGCUUAUGGUGUUGAGCACACAUUCUAAGAAGAGAAGAAACAAUUUGACUUUUAUUCGUACGUUUGGGUAUAAGAUCUAUGAUAUUAUCGAGUUGCAGAUUGCAGAAAACUAUAAACUUUUGUCUGAUUUCAGAAAACAAACUUUUAACGUUGGGUUAAAGCCAAUGUUCAGUUUCCAAGGUGCAGCCUUUGAACAACAUCCAGUUUACCAGCAUAUCAAAUCAUUGUUCCUUGACUUUUUCAGAGGUCAGAAUACCACUUUGCAAGAUGUUGCAGGUUUGCAACAUAUCAUUUCUAUCACUGUCCAAGGUGAUUUCCAAGACGGUGAACCAUUACCAAAUGUUCUAUUCAGAGUGUAUCACUUGAAGACUUACAAGUCCGAACAAGGUGGUAAGAAGUUACCUAGAGUGGAAUUGGAAGAGAUUGGUCCAAGAUUCGAUUUCAAGAUCGGAAGAAUUCACACUCCAUCUCCAGAAAUGGUCAAGGAAGCCCAUAAGAAACCUAGACAAUUGGAAGUCAGAGUUGCUAAGAACGUUGAGAUCGAUACUAUGGGUGAUAAGAUCGGUAGAGUGCAUGUGGGUAAGCAAGAUUUGGGUCAAUUGCAAACUAGAAAGAUGAAGGGUUUGAAGGCUAAAUACGAUCAAGUGGAUUCGGAUAUGGAAGAGUACCUAGAAGAAGUUGAAGGCGAUCUUGAUCAAGAAAAUGUCGAUGACACUUACGGUGAAGAAUUCGUAACGGCAACAGAUAUCGAUGCUCCACCUGCUAAGAAGCAAAAGAAAUAA